CACCUAAUCUCCUUUUGUCUAUAAUAAUAACUUUCAUUCUGCUACUCCACUGUCACUUAUUUAAUUUUAAUGUGUUGUUUAAUUAAUAUUGCCCACCACAUCUCAAAGUUACAAAUCUCAAAACCUUGGCGUUUCGUUUUGCAUCGCAAAUAAUGACAUUUGCAAAGACUGUGAUUGAUCAAUCACUUUUGACAAAUUGAAAUAUUCGCGAGCGGAACUGGAGGAAAGUCAAAACAUUACAAUUAAUUGGAAAAAAUAGUGGUUUAUUCUAAAUCGCGUGAAUGUACGAUAAAAAAAGAAUUGAGACAUUAAAGUUUAGUUAUUUAUGUGUGUUAUAAUAUGCCGGUAGGUCGAAAACGGUGGAAUCUUCAUGAUGGGCCACAAGGAUCUCUGCGGCGGCUGCGCAACCAGCUGGCCGAGGACGGCUGCGCCGAGUCGCAGGUCGUGCUCGCUAAGCAACUGCUAGAAGAGAAAUGUGAGCUUGAAGCAGAUAAAAUAUCGAACUUCAAACAAGCUUUGGAAUGGCUGAUAUGUGCUACUGAACAGGCCCAUCCAGAAGCUAGAAGAAUGUUGCGAAGGUGUAUCCGUAGCGGUGUGAUAGACGAGGACAGCGCGGCGAUUGUCCGCGCCAAGUCCUGUCUCGCCGCGAGUCGCCAGGAGACGGUCGCUAGGAAGGCGGCCAGAGACCUCUUCGCAAGCCUGUCGAACGGAGAGCAGUACAUAACGACCGCUCAGCUCGAGCGAAGGAUCCGCGAGAUCUGCAGCACCACGCUCUGCAAGCAGGACCCGGACUCCCCGGACGAGGACGACCCGGGUGAGGUCUAGUAUAGUGACACUACUACUGUAUGCAGCCUGUCCAACGGAGAGCAGUACAUAACGACCGCGCAGCUCGAGCGAAGGAUCCGCGAGAUCUGCAGCACCACGCUCUGCAAGCAGGACCCGGACUCCCCGGACGAGGACGACCCGGACGAAGCUCGUGCACUGGGCGACGAGCAAGCCCUGGAGCCGUCGCAACUACAGGCCGGGGAUCAACCGCAUUCCAACGGGACCCUGCGCCCUACGCACGCGCCCGACGAUGAUUACCCAGACGCCUGCGCACCAAACGACGACAUCCGAAACCUAACAGUUGACAAUCUUGUCUCAGCAGCCGUCGACUACUGUCAAGGAGAACUACCCCUCGUGACAUAUGACCUCACUCUCACAGACCCCAGUGUCAAAGCCUUAGACCACAUCCCCUUGCUACACCAAGCAUUCCUACACCCUAUAGUCUUUAUACAAGUCUUAUAUCUCAAGCUGUUAUACUACUUUGCUACAUUCUCUUUCAGGCUCUCAAAUAUUGAAUUAGCCCUUCUUCUAAUAGCAUACUUAUCGGUCAGCGCGGAUAGUCUAUACCAUCUAGUCCCUCUAGUUUUGUACUACGUCAGUUUUGUCGCAAUGGUCAUAUGUACGUUCAAAAUGAUUCAUGCAAAACGACAGUUUAUAGAUUUCAGAAAAUGGUCAGGUCUUUUUCUGAGAUAUAGCGAUGGGAAUCUUCAGCCAGAUGAAUCUGAAAAUCUAUUCGUAAAGAACAAUUUGGGGCCGUUUAUGCAGUUUUUCUUGGCGCUGUUCAUCAAUUUGUUUUUAUACCCUUUUAUUGCCACACAGUGGGUCCCAUUCUCCGAAUUUUGCGUCCUAUCUUUCUUCCUAAUGUUCCUCACUUUAUUCUCUUUUGGGACAAAUGGGAAUCCAUACCCAGAUGUACUGGCAUUAGUGUCCUUCGGCAUAAAUGUCCUGGCCAAGUACCCAUAUGAGAAAGACACAGUUGUACACCAAGGCUGGCGGUUUCUAGAUCUCCACAUAUCGAAUUAUCCGUCUUACAUCCUAGGAAAUAGCAUCGAGUUUUGUCUGAACGCGCGCGUGUUCUUUUCUCUAUUAAUACCUAUUAUUUUAGUCCUUAUGGCGAAGAGAAGUGAAUGGAAAGGAUUCUUCAAAUAUACCUUACCCCAUUGCGUGACUCUCAGUUGGUUGCAGAUGUUCAUUAUGUGUUCCCAUGGGUGCACUACGUAUGGUUUGAUAAGGGGCACACUUGCUUUGGUGUGCUCUUUUCUAUUCUUGCCUUUGAUAGGGGUGGUGACAGUGACCCUACCUAUAUUCGCGUUCCUACAAUACAUAACGUUGUCCAGAGUUCUGUAUACGGUUUCUAUUGUGGUAGGGUUUGGACUGAGUUUGUUUGUAACCUGCUUGCUGGCCAAGUCGGAGGUGACUAAGAAGUUCGUCACGCCGUUUCAGCUUGCUGUCGGCCUCCUAACCCUAAUCUACUUCGGCAACCAGUUCGUAGCAAACGUGCAAGAUGACGGCCUACCCUCCGGAUUAAUCGAGCUAAUUGGCGACGAGAAAGCCAGCAUCAAAAACCUCCUCAAAAACGAGUUCAUAACCGACUACGACGACAAUACUUACCACAUAAACUGGGACGAUUACUAUACCCAGUGCAACAUGCCUUCUUGGUCGGAUUAUAACAUGGCGGAAACGCAAAUCAAGUGUUCUGUACUAGAUGGCGCUAACGUCAAUUGGGAAGGCUACAUAAAAGAGGUCAAACUCAAAACUGUCGUAAACAGAUGGAAUGACUUCGCUUCGUGGUUGCCAGCGUUUUUGAAGGAGUAUUUCAAGUGUUACUACGGCGAGGAGUAUGCGACGUUAUGCCAAAAUACGGAAGGUCCAAAUUCGGUUAAGGAGUGCGAGUUUGUGAGGAGUGUUGCAAGGCAAAGCGGGAAGAGUUGCCAUUUGAAUAAUUUGGACGAAUACACCUACGAAGUAAAACUGCUUAUGGAAGCGGGCGGCGGGAUCCUAAAACGUCGUUCCGAAAUCUCCGUCAUUUUCGACCACAUAUUCUCAAACUUCACCCGGUCCCUUCGCGUCGACGACAAAAUACGCUUCAAAGGUACCCUCUCCAACGAUCCAGGUACCUACAAUAUUGGCACUAAAGACCUAGUCAUUAAGGGUCAUGAGAUAUCGUGUAUAGAAUGCAAAGACGCCUCAGGCAGUAUAAGCUCAAAAAUGCCAGCGUCUUCAAAAUUCUCGGAUUUGUUCAAAACGAUUGUCAACGACUGCGUAGUGUCAACUAAAUACAUUUUGAACUUUUUACUCAAUCCUGUAAUUGUUUUUAAGUAAGUUUUCUCGGGAUUGCUGUUGGGCGAAAUAUUUUUUCUUCAAAUACAUGCAAAAGCAAAAUAAGACUAUUAAACUGUUCAGUUCCUAAAUGGUUGAAAUAAUAAAAUUUUUGAAAUGAAGAUAUUUCUUCACGUUCAACGCGUAUUGAAUUGAUAAAUGUAUUGUUAGUGUUGCCGAAACAUCGAUAUUUUGAUAUCGAUAGUGACUGUGUAUAAUUCGAUAUACAACACUGAACGAGUUCACUUUUGUCGGUUUGAUAUGUGGUAGCAAUAAAUAAAUAUCUAUAAUAGUUGAUCUCUAAAAACGCCUAUGGUUUUAUAUGUAUCGUUUUUCAGUAAUAUGGCUAUUUACAUUUAUUUAAAAAAGUCUAAUAAUGUAUUCCAAAGCCUAUUUUUGUGGAGUGCAAUAUUUACUGUAUUAAUAUGUAUGGUGCAAUGAAAUGAAAAUAUUUUUGAACAAGUUUUUUGAAGGAUGUAUUCUCUUAUUUGAUGUUUUUAUGUAACAUUAGCAAUCAAUUAACUAAAUAAUGUAGCUUUUUCUUUCUUUCAAUAUUUUGUUGUAUUACCAGGCCUGUUCAUCUCCGCGAGUUUACAUCGAAAACAAAACACGCACGAUUGCCCCCUACAAGAGUACUAUUCGACAAGGCCUCACAUACGAGCGAACAUUGACUCACGCACGCGUAUUCUUGUGUAUGAUGGAAAAAAAUAAAGAAAAUGGUGUACUAAAUACUGUGCAGUAUUUAACUGCCUAAAUAAUAAUAAAAACACAGAAUGUACUUUUUUAAGUUGCCUCAAGACACUGAGAGGUAAAUAAGUAGUUAAUAUUAUUCAUGAUAAUUCAUGCUAAAUCAUGUAUUUCCUCCGCCAUUUUCUGCAGAUUGGCACCUCACGUCACAUCAUUUUACCGAAGUCAGCCCUAUAGCUUCGGCGCAGUACCGAUCACUGACGUUUGUCAACAAAACUUCUGACAAACUUGCUUGACUCUUGAGACAAGCUAAAUUACACCAUAUUGUUAAUGACAUUGAGCAUACAUUUUUUUAAAUACCUUCGCGAAGUAAAACUUCUGUACGUAGUACUUAUUAUUAUUCUGUGCCGCAAUCGACAAAACACAAUUUUACAGGAGAAGAGAUUUAGUGAAAUUUUUGAAUAAUAACUAAACUACGAGGCGUAUCCAAAUGGUUUGUAUAUCAAACGAUGCGUUAUUUUUUCUGGAGUAACAUAUAAUGUGCAUAAGGUUAUAGUGCUUAGAAUAUACCUUAAAAAAGGUAGAAAUACAUAUUGCCGCUUCAUACAUUGAAAGUCGGUUCCGUAAGAGUCCAUUGUGGUUUUAUUCCGGUAAAAAGUGCAAAAGUAAUCAUACAGCAAUAGUGCAUUGCAGCGUUGUGCGCUGAUCUGAAGGAUGUAUGGCGAAUACAGUAAUAGCGGUUUGCUUGAAUUUAAUGAUCGACUUGGAAAAUGUACUGGUGAAUGCUGUGUACAUUAUAUGUUCAUAUGGUCCGUAUCGAAAUGAGUACAAAGUUGAAUAUCUAGA